AUGUUCAUCCGUCCCGUACGCCGCUUCGUCAUAACACUCGUCUUCGGCAUCCUCGCGGCCAUCCUGGGCAUGCUUUACCAUCAACGCAUCACCAACAAAUUGAGCUUCAUAACCCACAGCAGCACUCGUCUCUCAUCGGCAUCCAUGGCCAAGGCACCACGCGGGUCCGUCAUCGUCGUCGGCUCCGGCCUUGCCGGCCUGUCGGCCGCGCACGAGGCCCUCAAAGCCGGCGCCUCGGUCCACAUGCUCGACCGCGCGCCGAAGCCCGGCGGCAACAGCAUCAAGGCGUCGUCCGGCAUCAACGGCGCCGGGACGCGGUUCCAGAAGGCCGCCGGCGUGGAAAAGGACGUCCUGUUCUACGACGACACGGCGCGCUCGGGCGGCAAGCGCUUCGCCGAGGCCAAGGGCGUGGUUGACCGCCCCAGGCUCGUCAGUCUCCUGACGAGCAACUCCGCGGACGCCGUCACGUGGCUCGCGGACGACGUCGGCGUCGACCUGAGCGUCGUGGCCCCCCUGGGCGGGCAUUCGCUUCCUCGGACCCAUCGAGGGGCCGGGACGACCCCGCCGGGCGCAGCAAUCGUCACGGCGUUGCUGAAGAAGCUCGGAGAGGACCCCGGUUUCCGACUCAGCAGCUCCGCCGAGGUGACCUCCCUCGACGUGGCCGACGGAGCUGUCCGGGGCGUGCGCUACGUUCAGGAUGGCCAGGAACACGACCUCAGGGGCGCCGUUGUGUUCGCCGUGGGCGGAUUUGCCGGCGACGCGAACGGUCUCUUGGCCAAGCACCGCCCGGACCUGGCAGGUCUGCCGUCGACGAACGAGGCCCGGCCAGCUUCUCAUGGCAUCUUAGAGGCCGUCGGCGCCGCUUUUGUCGACAUGGACAGCGUGCAGGUGCACCCGACCGGCUUCGUCGACCCCAAGGACCCCUCGGCGCGGUACAAGUUCCUCGCGGCGGAGGUCCUCAGGGGAGAAGGCGGCAUCCUGCUCUCGGGCAGCGGAGAGAGGUUCGUCAACGAGAUGGAGACGAGAGAGCAUGUCAGCGGGGCCAUCAUGCAGCUGCCGCCCAAGGAGGACGGCGCCGUCAGGCAGUGGGACGUGACGCUGCUCAUGGACCCCGGCGCGUGCGAUGCCGCGGCGGGACACCUGGGCUUCUACCUGUGGAAAGGCCUGAUGGAGAAGAAGAGGGUGAAGGAACUGAGCCCGGCAACCAUCAAGACGGUCGACGAGUACGCGGCGGUGGUGGCUUCGGGAACCGACUCGGCUUUCGGGAGGCGGACGUUUGGGCGCUGGAACCUUGCGGCCGGAGAAGCCAACCGCGAGGAAGAGGUCUGCAUCGGCCGCGUCACGCCCAUCUCGCACUUCACGAUGGGUGGUGCGGCGUUCAAUGACAAGUCUCAGGUCCUCAGAGAAGACGGAACCGCCAUCGAUGGCCUGUGGGCGGCGGGUGAGAUCACCGGUGGCGUCCAUGGAGAUAACCGCCUGGGCGGCUCGUCGUUGUUGGAGUGUGUGGUUUAUGGAAGGAUAGCCGGUCGGCAAGCGGCAAAAGCGGCGACAGCCUCUUGA